UUUACCCUAAAUAACGCGAUGGUAAAUUCUAUAAUAAGCUUGAACUAUAAUGUGACAAUGCAAAGAAUUUCCCUGAAGAGUAAUUCUAUCGACACUCAAAAUUGACUGCUCCGAACAGCUUACAGUGUAACGGGACAGUGUGAAUUAUUUAGUUGUUAAUGUUUGAAUGUUGGCAGUUACUGAUUUACAAUUAAACAAAUUCAAUUUAUAAAAUCUUUUGAAAUAAUAUUAUCAGAGGCGGAAAAUAUUUGUUUAUUUCAUAGUUAGGUGUAUAAUCAGAAAGCUCUUAGAUGGAUGCGUUGCUGUAGUGAAGUCAUAUUUUUAUUAGACACUGAUCCAGGAUUAUGUGUGUCAAAAACGUCAGCACGAUUUUGGAUUUAAAUUGUGAUGGUGAAAAUUUGUAACUACAGUAGCUUGAUAUUUGCAGGAAAUGUAACUGUUUUGUUAAUUAUUUCAAUGACAACUGACUAUUGGGAAUACAGAGGCUUUAAUUCAACUUUAUUAAAUUCAACAUUAUUUCAAACUAAAAACGCUGAAAUUAUGCUACCUCGUGAUACAAAAUCAUAUACUCUGCUAUGGUAUAAACGAAAAAAUAUCAAAAAAUUCAACAACGAAAAGAAGUCUUUAUUGCAACAAGAAACUUUAUAUCAACCGCCAAUAUUUGUUAGCAACUUUUUCAGACUUGACACUGAAAACACAAGUAUGCAGAAACAAAAGUCUUCAAUCAUAACGUCCGAAUUAGAAGGAGGGAUGGUGGUCUUAUUUCAAGAGUAUGGAAACCUAUUCAGGGAUUGUGAUGCAUUAGAAGCCGGAGUCCGCCUUCGAUUGUCCAUUACAGAAAUGAGAACGAGUCAGUGUGAAUAUCUAAGUGGAAGAGACAUACCAUUUUCACAACAUUCCAGAAAUGUAGCUCAUUUAGAGCGAGCAGCAUGUGCCUUUGCCUUAUUGUGUAUGAUAUCGAUGGUAGUUGGAUUAGUGUUGGGAGGAUAUGGACUUUUAGGCAAAAAUUUGAAAAUGUUUGUUUGGGCUUCAAUUUGUUCUCUGACAGCAGGUAUGUUGUUGACCCUAUCAAUCGCCUUAUUUCACGGAAAAUCUCAUAUACUACGCAAAUCAGAGCUUUUGAGUGGUUAUCUAAUACCAUUUCAAAAAAUCAUCAAUGAAUCCAGAACUUAUAGUUUUGGUUGGUCAUUUGUAUUAGCAUGGAUUUGUGUGUUUCUGUGUUUUACGUCAUCAUUUGUGUGGCUUUAUAAGGCACAGGAUCCGCAAAAUGCUCGCAAACCAGGAACACAGUACUAUGUAAAACAUCGAACUCACCAAGGCAUCGAAUAUAUGUCGUAUAUACAAGACAAUGAAGAUUUGUAGCAGAACAUUUUAUUUUUUAAUCUUGUCUUCUUUUUGCACGGUUUCAUUGUUUUAUAUCACAGACUUUUU